AUGGCGAGUAAAACUGGUAUGUCACUGGCUGUAUUGUACGUUCUUUUGUUGUGCUCUUCAACCUCUGACGGUGCAAGAAUUCUGUCGCUGGUUUACCCUGGAAGGAGCCAGUUAGGCCUAACCGUGACAGUGCUGUCAGAGCUGAAAAGUCGAGGGCACGACGUUUGGGCGGUGUUUGCGGACACGUUCGAAAUAUCGGCCUCGAUGUUGCGAGGAAGCGGAAUUAAUCUGCUGACUUUUAGAUCUAAGGAGAAAAUGUUUCUGGACGAUCCGGAGGUGCAGAGAGAUAUUUUCAUGGCGGCCGUUGAAAACCCAGAACUACGCACAAGCCUGUUUCAUAUAACGUCCGCUAUUCAAAAAAUGUCUAGGAUAUUCGAAAGUUAUUUGGAAGAGAUGUUUGUGGACAAGGAACUGGACAGAAAGGUCAGUGAGUUAAACUUUGACCUCAUGAUUGUAAGCGGUUAUUGGUUUUUUGCAAAAGCCUAUCUCUUCCCUCACCGGUAUGCGGUUCCUUACGUGUCAAUAGUCCUAGAUAUGCAGCACCUUGCUGGUGUACCAAUGCUGCCUUCAUUUGUCCCUAGUCUAGCGAUAACUGCCAAGUGCUCCGACAACAUGAGUCUUUCUCAACGAAUUCUAAACGUUCUUCCUUACCUUUUCCUGAAGCAUUCCUUACAACCUAUUUCGCCGGAACUUUCCCAGAAGCAUGCCCCGGGACGCCCUUACAUGUCUACGCCAGAGCUGAUGGCAGAAUCAGAGUUAUGGAUAGUGAACGGAGGCCAGCCCGCCAUUGACCACGUCAAACCGUCACUGCCCAACGUCAAGUACCUGGGAGGUCUCAUGACGCGACCCGCAAAGCCACUGCCGAAAGACUUGGAAACUUUUCUUAAAAAGCAUGGCCACGGCGUGGUUCUUGUAUCGUUCGGCUCCGUGAUCAAAUACAUGCCAGACAGAGUAGUUCAGGAACUUUUCGAAGCCUUCAAGAACGUGCNGAAGAGAUGUUUGUGGACAAGGAACUGGACAGAAAGUCUAGCGAUAACUGCCAAGUACUCCGACAAAAUGAGUCUUCCUCAGCGAAUGCUCAACAUCGUUCCUUACGUCUUACUGAAGCAUUCCUUACAACCUAUUACGCCGGAACUUUCCCAGAAGCAUGCCCCGGGGCGCCCUUACAUGUCUACGCCAGAGCUGAUGGCAGAAUCAGAGUUGUGGAUAGUGGACGGAGGCCAGCCCGCCAUUGACCACGUCAAACCGUCACUGCCCAACGUCAAGUACCUGGGAGGUCUUGUGACGCGACCCGCAAAGCCGCUGCCGAAAGACUUGGAGACUUUUCUCAAAAAGCAUGACCACGGCGUGGUUCUUGUGUCGUUCGGCUCCCUGGUCAAAUACAUGCCGGACAGAAAUGUCCCGGGUCAUGUCAAGAUUAUGUCUUGGAUGCCACAGAAUGAUAUUUUGGGGCAUCCUAACACUAAGCUCUUUAUAACACACGCUGGAAACAACGGGCAGAUGGAGGCACUAUACCACGGUGUGCCCAUGAUAAGCAUACCUUUGUUCGGUGACCAAGAUUACAACGCGGCAAGGGCGGAACAAAAAGGCAUUGCAAUAACAAUGGACGCGGCAUUCUUAAAAUCCGAGAAUCUUAUUUCUGCCAUUAAUAUGAUGAUGCAAAACGAUACCUAUGCCAAGAACAUGCGCAGGGCGUCCGCCAUUUUUCGCGAUCAACCUGGCACUCCCGUGGAACUGGCAGGUUUCUGGAUUGACCACGUGAUCAAACAUGGCGGUUCCUAUAUGAAAUCCCAUGCAAGACUGCUUCCCUGGUACCAGUUCUAUAUGCUUGAUGUUAUGUUGGUGUUUUUAGCAAUUAUUUUAUUGAUUUGUUUGUUCUGUGGAGUUUGUUGUUCCUUUGUGUGCAAAAAAUUGCGUAGUCAGUCAACUUCCGCUGGGAAACAAAAGACCCAAAAGACCGAAUAGAGCAUAAUUUUUACUUUGUAACGAAAUAUAGUAAGCCUACCGCUGCAUAUAUUUCAGUAUUGCUUUCAUUGUGUCUAAACAGAUAGUCUAUGUUUUAUUUAAACUUCUGAGAUAGAUUCCCAAUCUUUUUCGCCGUUUCUAUCUACACUGUAACUUCACUUCAGUAAAUUCCAUCGUAUUUCAUGGACGACUCCCAAAUAAGUUACCUAAUUUGUUGUUAAUUCAUAUAUCAAGGAAGCUCAAUAAAACGGA